AUGCUCGAUCUAUUCUCCGUGCCCGUGUUCGUCGUCGUCUUCCGUGAGACCCUCGAGACCGCUAUCAUCGUCUCGGUGCUCCUGGCCUUUCUGAAACAGACGCUCGAUGGAUCUCAGCGCGAUGCUGGUAUUUAUAAAACCUUGCGCACACAGAGUACAACGGCUGAGUUUUUUAGGUCUGGCUUGGAACGGCUUUGGGUCUUGCCUUAUGUCUAA